CUCUUCCAACCGAAAGAGAAGACAUACACAAUUCGAAUCUUAAGCUAUGACCCGCUGAUUAUAUAUGUUGUUGGGUUUCUGUCAUGGGUGGAAAGAGCCUAUUUACUACGUCUUGGGCAACCGUUAUUUGAGAGAUCGACAGUGUACAACGAUGGCGUACAGGAGAUAGACAUGGAGCGAACAAGCAGCACCGCAUAUCUUCCUGACAAAGACUGGCUUGUCCAGCGAAUCAUUAGACGAGCCUCCGAGAUUCAGGGCUACACAAACGAGAACCUUCAUGAAUCGCUACAACUCACGCAAUAUGGCCCCGACCAGCUCUUCCGUCCCCACGUAGACACUCUCGAGGACAGUGCCAAUGAGGCCUUAACACACCAGCUGACAACGAUUUUCGCAAUCGUUGAAGCCACAUGCGAUAGAUGCGGGACUCAGUUUCCAAAUUCUCGCAUCAAAUGGCCAUUGGAAGAUCCAAGCUGGUGCAAAUAUGUAGAAUGUGGCGACGUCGAGGCCCUCACAUUCAAGGCCGUACCCGGUAACGCAUUGUUUUGGAAGAGCUGGACAAACGCUAGGAGCCUUGAUCCAAGGACAUUACAUACUGGUUUACCUCCUGAAAGCGGGGUGAAGACUGGUCUCAACAUUUGGACCCACGACUAA